CACCCCACUCUGCUGCUCAAUUUCUCUGUUGUGCUGUUCUGCCUCGCGCUGAGUUGGUUUACUCAUGGAUGACUACCUGACCACCUGCUUUACUUGACGGGAGAUUUGAUGUGUCCACUUUGUGUUUGACAGGUUCUACCUGCUGAGGUGUUCGUCCUCUAAUGGCAUUCUCAUCUCGUUUCUCAUUUUGGGAGAAAAAGGUGAAAGAUGAAAACGUACCGAGUGCAAAAAGCUCCAGUUCGGACAGUGAGAACAGCACAAGUCAGACAUCCGAAGCAGCAGUAAGUGGUGCCACCGAGCCACAGAGAGGGCCUGAGCCUCCGGCGGCACCAAACAGACAGCGUUCUCCGAUCGUAGACCAGAGAAGCAACGGUUCCACAAAUAAACGUAACGGCUCAUUGGACUCCGACCCGUUUGCAAGAAGAGGGGUAAACUUGGUUGCACAGAAGACCGAAGAAACAGCCACUUCGGUUCCUAAAGCAAGUCGCCCCCUGCAAGCCGGCAACACCAAGGAUGGAGACGACAUCUCCUUCGGGCUCACCAGCCUUAUGGGUCGUGCGAGAACGAAAGAACAUCGCUCGCGUGUGAGGGCUGCCGAACGCAAAGACACGCAGGUGGAAAGCCAACAAAGGAAUGACGAAAGUGAGGAGCCAAAAGAAGAACCCAAACCACCCACCCCUAGUGCCCGGUCUAGUCCACCUGCUUCUAAAGCUGACCCUCUUGCCCCUCCUUUAGGCUUCCUGCCUCCAAAGCCACAUUCUUUGAGCCCUCCUUCUGGUUCAAAAACUGCCGCCAAGCCCAACCCAUUGGCUCCGCCUCCCGGGUUCAUCCCACCUCCCAAACCCAACCCUUCCACACAAGCCACGCCCAAACCUGAUCCCCUGGCACCGCCGGCGGGCUUUGUGCCACCCCCAAAGCGAGACCCGUUUGCCCCGGUGGCAGGGUUUAUCCCCAAGCCCAAAGUCGACCCACUUGCGCCCCCUGCAGGCUUUAUUCCUGCUCCACGGAUCAUGGCUGUUAGAAAGCCAGAGGUAAAGGGGCUAACGAAACCUUCUGCUGCUCCUGCUGGGAAACUUACAUCCCAAAGUUCCUCUGCUGCAAACCAACAGGGUCCACAAGUGAUGCUCAACCCAGAGAAACCACAACAUCCAGAACAGAACGUAACUGCAGAAAAAAUACCUGCUAAAGCACCUGAGGAUCCUGUGGCAGUCCUGCAGUCUUCCCAUGAAGCUGCCAGUUUAUCUAAGGUGAAGACAGAAGAGCAGCUUGUGGCAGAGAAGGCCUGGUACAACACUGAGAAAGUCUGGCUUGUACAUAAAGAUGGCUUCUCUUUGGCAACACAUCGCAAGACGGAGGCGGGGUCUCUUCCAGAGGGCAAAGUGAAAAUCAGACUGGAGCAUGAUGGGACAUUGCUGGAGGUUGACGAGGAUGAUGUGGAGAAGGCGAAUCCUCUAUCAUACGAUAGAGUGGAAGAUCUCUCCUCUCUUCUCUACCUCAACGAGUCCAGCAUCCUUCACAGUCUGCGUCAGCGCUACGGCGGAAACCUGAUUCACACCUACGCCGGAUCCAACCUGCUGGUGAUCAACCCCCUCAGCACUCCUGCCAUGUACUCGGAGAAGGUGAUGCAGAUGUUUAAGGGAUGUCGGAGAGAAGAAACGGCUCCUCAUAUCUUCGCCAUCGCCCAGUCUGCGUAUCGUCAGCUGUUGACCACGCGGCAGGACCAGACUAUCGUGAUGCUGGGGAGGAGUGGCAGUGGAAAGUCCACCAGCUGCCAGCAUCUGCUGCAGUACCUGGUCACCAUCGCUGCCGGCAGUGGAAAAGUCUAUUCAGCUGAGAAAUGGCAGUCGGUCUACACGGUCCUGGAGGCGUUCGGGAACUGCAGCACGGCCAUGAACGGGAAUGCCAGUCGCUUUUCACACAUAGUUUCUCUGGACUUUGACCAGGCGGGGCAGGUGGCCUCUGCAUCCGUUCAGACCAUGUUGCUGGAGAGGUUCAGGGUGACCAGACGACCAGAGGCGGAGUCAAGCUUCAAUGUGUUUUACUUUCUGAUGGCAGGAGCAGAUGCAGCUCUAAAGACUGAACUUCACUUCAAUCACUUUGCUGAGAACAGCGCAUUUGGGCUUCACCCUCACUCCAAGCCUGAGGACAAACGGAUAGCCGCUCAACAGUUCACUAAGCUACAAGCAGCCAUGAAGGUCCUGGGCAUCUCCAUUGAAGAACAGAGAACAGUUUGGCUGAUUUUAGGGGCUAUAUAUCAUCUGGGUGCCGCUGGGGCCACCAAAGCGGGACGUAAGCAGUUUGCUCGGCACGAAUGGGCGCAGAAAGCCGCGUAUCUCCUGGGCUGCUCUCUGGAAGAUCUCUCGUCCGCUAUCUUUAAACCGCAGGGCAAGGGCUCCCAUCCCCGUUCCUCCAGCGUGCGGCCAAGUACAGACGAUACGGAUAUCUCAGCAUCCAAAGCGACUGCAGCCGAAUGUUUAGAGUCGAUGGCGUCUGGUUUAUACUCCGAAGUCUUCACGCUUCUGGUGUCCCUUAUUAACAGAGCUCUGAAGUCCAGUCAACAUUCUCUCUGUUCUCUGCUGAUCGUGGACACCCCCGGAUUCCAGAACCCACGUCAGGUGAAGAACCAACGCGGUGCCACGUUUGAGGAACUCUGUCAUAACUACACACAGGAACGUCUGCAGAUGCUUUUCCAGGAGAGGACUUUUGUACAAGAGCUGGAGCGUUACAAAGAUGAAAACAUUGAGAUCACACUGGAUGACCUGGAGCCCAGUCCUUCUCGAUCGGUAGCUGUCGUUGAUCAAUCCUCUAGUCAAGCCCUGAUACGCACCAUAUCCCGGACAGAUGAGGCGAGAGGUCUGUUCUGGCUGAUGGAGGAGGAGGUUUUGCAGCCGGGAGGAUCAGAGGACACAUUCCUGGAAAGACUCUUCAGCUACUACGGCCCUGCAGAAGGGGAGAGCAAAGGUCACACAGUGCUGCUGAAGAGUGAAAACUCGCAUCACUUCCUGCUAGGCCACAGUCAUGGGACAGAUUGGAUAGAAUACGACACGAGUGGUUGGCUAAACCUCGCCAAGCUAAACCCCACACCUUAAAAUGCGGCCAGUCUACUGCAGAAUACCCAGAAGAAGAGCAUCAGUGCAAUGUUUGCGGGCCGCUCCAACAGCGCAGCCGUUCUAACCGGCUCCAUUGCUGGACUGGAGGGGGUCUCUCAGCUUGCCAUGCGUCGGGCAACCAGCAUGAGGAAGACCUUUACUACAGGCAUGGCUGCUGUCAAGAAGAAAUCCCUCUGUCUUCAGAUUAAACUUCAAGUGGAUGCACUGGUGGACACAGUACGAAGAUCCAGGGUCCACUUUGUGCAUUGUCUCUUACCCCGAGCGGAGGCCCUGCGGACCUCCGGAUCCCCGGAGACCCCUGGGGAAAGUGACCCUGGACUCAUGCAGUUGGAUGUGGCGUUACUCCGGACUCAAAUUCGUGGCUUCAAACUGCUGGACAGCUUGAGGAUUUAUAGACAAGGUUACCCCGAUCACAUGGUCUUCUCUGAGUUCCGGCGGCGCUUUGAUGUGUUGGCCCCUCACCUGACCAAGAAACUGGGCAGGAACUACAUCGUGAAGGACGAGAAACGAGCAGCAGAGGAACUUUUGGAGUCUCUGGAACUGGAGAAGAGCAGCUAUCACAUGGGACUGAGCAGGGUGUUCUUCAGAGCUGGAACAGUGGCUAAACUUGAAGCUCAGAGAGAUGAACACACCAGACAGAACAUCACAUUGUUCCAGGCAGCCUGCAGGGGCUUCUUGUCCCGACAGGCCUUUAAAAAAAGAAAGAUCCAGGACAUGGCCAUCCGUUGCAUCCAGAAGAACAUUAAAAAGAACCGUGGUGUGAAGGGCUGGCCCUGGUGGAAGAUCUUCACCAAUGUACGGCCUUUGGUGGAAGUUCAGCUCACAGAAGAACAGAUUCGAGGAAAGGAUGAGGAGAUCAUGCAUCUGAAACUGAAGCUGGAAAAGGUGGAGAAGGAGAGAAACGAGCUGCGACUGACCACAGAUCGUUUUGAGAGUAAAAUAACAGAGCUGACAGCAGAGCUGUCCGAUGAGAGGAACUCUGCAGAGUCAACAUCACAGCUGUUGGAGACGGAAACCAGCGAGAGGUUACGUCUCGAGAAGGACAUGAAGGAAAUGCAGGUGAAGUUUGACACGGUGAAGAAACAGAUGGAAUCCAUGGAGAUGGAGAUCAUGGAGGCCAGACUUCUCAGAGCAUCAGAUUUCAACGGCGAGUUGGACGACGGUGAUGAUGAUUCUGGGGGUGAAUGGAGAUUGAAAUAUGAACGUGCCAUCAGAGACGCAGAAUUCACAAAGAAAAAACUCCAGCAGGAGGUGGAUGACAAGCUGGAGACCGAACAACAGAACAAGAGACACUUGGAGAGAAAAUUAGCAGAUGUGCAGGCCGAUCAGGAGGAGACUCGGCGAUCAGUGCAGCAGCUGAAAAAGAAAUGCCAGCGGCUGGCAAAUGAACUUCAAGACACCAAACUGCACCUGGAAAAUCAAGAGGGACGCAACCAUGAACUAGAGAGAAAACAGAGAAAGUUUGAUGUGGAGCAGAACCAUGUUCAUGAGGAACUACAGAGAGAGAAGAACCUGCGAGAGAAACUCAACAGAGAGAGAGACAUGCUGACCGGCGAGCUGUUUACAGUCAGACAACAGCUACAGGAUAAGGACACCGAGUUGUGUGCGGUCAGACUAAAGGUAGAGCAGCUGGAAUCAGAGAUCCAGGACCUCUCCUCACAAGAGUCCAAAGACGAGGCCUCACUCUCAAAGGUUAAGAAACAACUGCGUGACUUGGAAGCAAAGGUCAAAGAUCAAGAGGAGGAGCUUGAUGAACAGGCUGGAACCAUUCAGAUGCUGGAGCAGGCUAAGCUCCGUUUGGAAAUGGAGAUGGAACGAUUGAGACAAACGCAUUCUAAGGAGAUGGACAAUAAAGAUGAAGAGGUGGAGGAGAUUAGACUGUCCUGCAGCAAGAAGCUGAAGCAGAUGGAAGUGCAAUUGGAGGAAGAAUAUGAUGAUAAACAGAGAGUUCUGAGAGAAAAGAGAGAACUAGAGUCCAAACUGAUAGCGGCUCAGGAACAGGUUGGUCAAAAGGAUGUCGAGACUGAAAAGCGUCUCAGGAAAGAUCUGAAGCGCACAAAGGUUCUGCUGGCUGAUGCUCAGAUCAUGCUGGACCACCUGAAGAGCAACGUACCUAGCAAAAGAGAGAUCUCCACGCUCAAAAAUAAGUUGGAGGAAUCAGAGUUUGCCUGUGCGGCCGCUGUUAAAGCACGCAAGUCCAUGGAGCUGGAGAUCGAAGACCUUCACAUUCAGAUGGAUGACAUCACCAAAGCCAAGAUGUCUCUGGAGGAGCAGGUGAGCCGCCUGCAGAGAGAAAAGAAUGACCUGCAGUCUCGCUUUGAGGAAGAUCAGGAGGACAUGAACGAACUGAUGAAGAAACACAAAGCUGUAGUUGCACAGUCUACCAGAGAUCUGGCACAAAUUAGCGACCUGCAAACGCAGCUGGAGGAAGCCAUGAAGGAAAACCAAGAGAUCCAGGACAAGCUUCACUCGCUGCAGUCACAGCUCGAUUUUCAAGAACAAUCCAUGGUGGAGAAAUCGCUGGUUAGUCGACAAGAAGCCAAAAUCCGUGAGCUGGAGACCAAACUAGAAUACGAGAGGACCCAGACCAAACGUCUUGAGAGUCUGGUUACUCGUCUGAAGGAGAACCUGGAGAAGAUGACCGAGGACCGAGACCAGCGCAUCAACAGCGAGAACCGGGAGAAAGAGCAGAACAAGCGCAUGCAACGUCAGAUCCGAGACAUAAAGGAGGAGAUGAACGAACUGUCCAAAAAGGAAACAGAAGCCAGCCGUAAAAAACAUGAGCUGCAAAUGGAUAUCGAAAGUCUUGAAGCAGCCAAUCAAAGCCUUCAGGCGGAUAUGAAGUUGGCCUUUAAGCGGAUUGGCGACCUUCAGGCUGCCAUGGAAGAUGAAAUGGAAACAGAUGACGAUGAGGAUCUCAUCAGCAGUGGUGAUGACUCUGAUAUGGACUCAGAAGUGGAAGACCGGGUAGAUGGAAUAAAGUCAUUGCUCUCCAAGAGUAAGGGAUCCACGAAGACAGUCUUGGAUGAGGGCAGCCAGAAGACAAGACACCCCAACGCUGCUAAUGCAGAUGCGAAAGAUAUAAAAGAAGGGAAAGAGGGAAAAGAAGAACUAAAAAAAGAUUCAGACGAGAGCCGCUCGGUUUCUGUGAUGAGCUCGCUUAGCUACAGGAAGCGCUCUCAUCAGAAGGACUGGAAUGGAGGUGCAGGGGACGAGAACUCCCUCUUCAGUGCCCUUCGGGAGCAGUCGGACGUUCCCGACCGGUUAUCGCUGCGUAAAGCUAGGAGCAAAUCCACCGACAAGCCUCAAGCUGACGAUGAUAUCGAUGACCGUGGUUCUGUGAUCUCUCAGGCGUACUCUGAGGCCUCCAACAAGGCCAGGAAAGGCCUGGAUCGACGCUGGACCAAGAGCAGUCCGGAGUUUGAUAAAGAGUCUAUGGUGUCCUCACUGGCCCCAAGCCGGGUUUCCAUCCGUCGUGGGUUGGACCCAGACGAGGAUGCGCGGUCGGGUGUGAGCGGCUUCAGUUUGCGCCGUAGUACCUCCUGGAUGGAUGACAGCCGGAGUGAGUACAGUACAGGUUUGAGCCAACGAUCUAGAAGCCGCAGUCCCGGGAACACCAGCGUCAGUUCUCGAAUCUCUCUGGCGCGUAGCACUCGGCUCAGUGAGUUUGGAGUUUGUGAUGAUGAGGAUGAUGAUGACGACGUUGACUCUGUGAGCGUGGCCGCGUACAGUCCACACUCGCUUGGCCGAAGUCUGUCCACCCCCGCAAAGCUGCAGUCCUCUGAGAAUAAGCCGGAUACCUCUGACAUUAAACCCGUGAGUCAUCGCAACUAUCUAGACCCUGAUCUGGAAAAAGCCAUCAACGAAGUUCUAAGCUUCAAGCCGAUCAAAUUCAAACGUCACAACCUGGAAGACUCGGAUGAGGAAGAAGCUGGUGCAGGAGAGGAUCAAGACAAAAAGAGUUUGCUGCAGGACAAGGACGAUGAAAAUCUGAGUCGUGCUGGAUCCAGCCUCAGACGUUCUGCUUCGGAUUCAAUACGGUGCAGCAGCUCGCUCAGCUCCUUUAGCUCAAAGAGCAGCAAGAAGAAGAACAAGAAGAGCAGACGCUCGGAGUCUGACAGCUCUUCUUCUGAAGGUCGUUCUCGGCGACGCUCCAAGCAGAAAAGAUCCAAAAGCUCAAAGAAGAGGGAGUCACGAUCGUCCGAGUCUGAGUCGGAAUCGUCUUCAAGCUCUGCGUCAACCGUCUCGCAUCGUAGCUCGAAUAGCGUGAAGAGGAUGCCAGCACAGAAGGCUUCCGAUGGAGAUCCGGACAGUGCGGAAGAACGUCCACCGAGCAAAAAAGAGGUGAAGAAACAAAAGAAGAAGGUGGACAGUUUGGUGAUGAAGUAUCUCUACAAGCCUGACAGUGAUUGAGCCCCGUUUUGUAUAGAUCACACACAUUGCAAGACGGAGCCGAUGCUGGAUUGGACAAAGACGCAACACAGACUGAGAAGACGCUUCUUAAUGAUGGCGAUGGUGAUGCCCGGCCUUCAGAAAGCGCAGCGUAGAUCUUAUCAUGCACUGAAAACGUGUUUACAUUUACCCCGGUACUGACACUUUGGUCUGUUCAUAACUCACAAUGAGCUUUUAUCUGCUAGUCUUCAUGAAACAUCAUGUUUAUUCAUGAUUUCUGCAGCUCAUAUUUAUUUAGACCUCAGUCUUCAUCAGAAAUGCCUCCAAGAAAUGAAGUAAUAUAUUGUGAAAAAGAUCAUCUUUAUCUAAUAUGUAUGUUUAUUUUGUUUGUUUUAUGAGACAUUUUGCCUUGAAUUUGCUUGAGUGAACGUGUAACGCUGUAUUGGUUUUAAAUUAAUGAAAUAGGCCAUUUGUCGUUCUCUGUUUUUCUCUUCUGACAUCUUCUAGAAGUUAAUUUAGAACUGGUUUAUUAAAUGGCAGCAUGAAUACAUUUUAUUAUAUUGAGGGAUGCAUCAUGUUUUGGCCUUAAAUGACAUUUAAGUUAAGGCAGCAAUAAUUUAGUCAUAUAUAUUUGCACUCUGCCAAAGUACAAGAUAUUAUUAAUGAGAGUCUAAUACUUUCUGACGUUUUGUUUGUGUGUGAGUGGCGUGUAUGUGUGGUAUGUUAUGCGUGUCCUCUCUUGGUUUUCUAUGCAUUAAAUGCAACUUUUAUUAUGGAAAUACCAUGCAGACAAGAUACUUUUAUCUGUGCAGUGGCUUAUGCAGUAAGAAGAAUAUAUAAGAGCAAUAUAUACUGUAUACAUGCGAGUUUUGCAUUAGUUUUAUUGUAAAUAAAGCACAUUGACAAGUUCUAAAGGUUGUAAUGUAUUCUAAAAAAUUUUUAUUCAAGUAAGAAAUAAACUUGAAUUAGGUACACUAAAAAAUCUCACAUUUUCAAGCCUUCAAUAUUUAGGUUAAGCCAAAU